GGGUGUGCAUAUAUCUGUUUGUGUAAAGGCUCUUAUUUCUCUAGGAUAUAUUCCAAGAAGUGGGAUUGCUGGAUCGUAUGGUAGUUCUAUUUCUAGCUUUUUUAAGCACCAAAUCGAUUUCCAAAGUGGUUGUACCAUUUGACAUUCCCACCAGCAGUGUAUAAGAGUUCCAAUCUCUCCACAGCCUCUCCAACAUUUAUUAUUUUGUGUUUUUUGAAUUAAUGCCGGCCUUGUUGGAGUGAGAUGAAAUUUUGAUCAGCAUUUCUCUAAUGGCUAAUGAUUGUGAACAUUUCCUCAUAUAUCUGUAAGCUACCUGAAUGUCUUCUUUAGUGAAGUGUCUGUUCAUAUCUUUUGCCCAUUUUUUAAUUGGGUUAUUUGUCUUUUUGCAGUUGAGUUUUUGUAGUAUCAUGUAGAUUUUAGAGAUCAGGCGUUGAUCAGAAAUGUAUAUCUGACAUUUUUUAAUAUCUGAAAUCCUUGCAGACUAAAUCUGUUGUUUGUUUUCUCUGUCAUUCACUCAUGGUGUCUCCAUGAGUAUUUGUGAUCUUUAAUUGUAAACUAAUAUUUGCUUGUUUUUUAAUCUGAGUAUCCCAUUGAAUUAAGUUGGAGGAUAUCUUCCUCCAGAGAUUUGUAUCUGCUUCUGCCAAAAGCUGGUGGGGUUGGCGAGGGCACCACCAGCCUUGAAUCACUUGAUUCAAGUGAUUCCUUCAAGAAUCCUUACUUAAUACAGGAGUCUCAGGUUUAUCUCCCUCACCUUUCUAGUGGUGCAUGGUUUGUCAUCCUGACUGCAGGGAUGCUUUGGGAAUUGGCGCACAAGGAACCUUGGUCCUCCCCCUUGCUUACUCCACCACUCAUGGUUUAAUCCCCUUUGGGGCUAGGGAGCUGGAAAGGGAGUAGCCUUGGAGAUUUCCCCUACAUACUUAAAGCCCUGAGAUGUUUUUUAAAGUGUAUGCUAUACAGGAUCUAGAAGGGACCCCUUAAUAUUUUGUUCACCAUAACGCAGGCGACAGAAGUCUCUCUAUACAAUUUGCCAUCCUAGUUUUUUUAAUUAACAUGUAAGCCUUUUCCAUGCCAUUAAAUGUUCCUUGUAAACAUAAUUUUUUAUGGUUCCAUUAUAUUCCAUUGCAUGGCUAGACUACAGUUUAAUUAGCUGUUUUCUAUUGUUGAACAUUUGGAAUAUUUUCCAUUUUUGCUGUUACAACCAAGGCUGCUGUGAACGUCUUUGUGGAAAUGUGAGGUAAAAUAGGGGGGCUAGAGGCAUUAAAAAAAAAAAAAGCACAGCUGUUACUCUGGGUAAGAGUUGCAAAUUCAAAUGCCUUGUAGGAGCCAGGCAAAUAAUACAAACAAAUAAAUUGAACAAAUGAAGCUGGCCAGGUAUAAGAGACCAUAAGGAAUAGUGGAAGCAUGUCAAACUGAAGGGCAUAUAUCCAUCUUAUGAGAGCAGCUACUUCUCAGCUCCAGCUGAUUAUUAUCAUCUAAGAAUGAGGGCCCAGUGGGGUCAGUUCUUCUGAUUUUUCAAGCAAGACAAGCUGGAAAUCCAGAUUUUUUUUUUAAAGAAAUAUCUAAAAUUUUUAUGAUGGCAACUUAUUUUUAAAAAUUUUAAACAGUUCAUGGACCAAUACUGUAUAAGCCACGUAAAACCUGUUAACACAGUAGAUGUGACCAUCAGUGUGUCACUUUUCAACCUUUGCUAUAUGGUAUGACUGUGGGAAUAAAUAGUGGGGAAUGUACUGACUGAAGACACAGCUUCUCAGUCAUCUUUCCAUCCUCAUUAUGAAAAUGGGGAAAAAUGAGAGAUCAAGGGUUUAAGAUCUUACUAGACUUAAUGGUCUGACUGAGACUAGAAGGACCCCCAUGGUCAUGGUCCCCAGACCUUCUGUUGGCCCAGGAUAGGAAGCAUUCCCAAAGCCAGCUCUUCAGACAGAGAUUGGACUGGACAAUGGGAUGGAGAGGGAUGCUGGUGAGGUGUGAACUUCUUGAAUCAGGUCGACACUUGAGACUAUGUUGGCAUCUCCUGUCUGGAGGGGAGAUGGGAGGGUAGAAGGGAUUAGAAACUGGCAAAACGGUCACGAAAGGAGAGACUGGAAGGAGGGAGUGGGCUGACUCGUUAGGGGGAGAGUAAGUGGGAGUAUGUAGUAAGGUGUAUAUAAGUUUAUAUGUGAGAGACUGAUUUGAUUUGUAAACUUUCACUUAAAGCGCAAUAAAAAUUAUUUAAAAAAGAAAAGUAAAGUAUACGAACUAGAAAAAAAAAUUUUAAACAGUGCAUGGACCAAUACUGUAUAAAAAAAAAAUACUGUAUAAGCCAUAUAAAAUCUGUUAACACACUAGAUGUGACCAUCAGUGUGUCACUUUUUAACCUUUGCUUUAUGGCAUGACUUGGGAAUAAAUAGUAGGGAAUGUACUGACUGAAGACACAGCUGCUCAGUCAUCUUUCCAUCCUCAUUAUGAAAAUGAAGAAAAAUGAGAGAUCAAGGGUUUACGAUCUUACUAGACUUAAUGGUCUGACUGAGACUAAAAGGACCCCCAUGGUCAUGGUCCCCAGACCUUCUGUUGGCCCAGGAUAGGAAGCAUUCCCAAAGCCAGCUCUUCAGACAGAGAUUGGACUGGACAAUGGGAUGGAGAGGGAUGCUGGUGAGGAGUGAACUUCUUGAAUCAGGUCGACACUUGAGACUUUGUUGGCAUCUCCUGUCUGGAGGGGAGAUGAGAGGGUAGAGGGGGUUAGAGGCUGGCGAAAUGGACAUGAAAAGAAAGAGUGGAGGGAGAGAGUGGGCUGUCUCAUUAGGGAGAAAGCAAUUGGGAGUACGUAGCAAGGUGUAUAUAAGUUUUAGUGUGAGAAACCGACUUGAUUUGUAAACUUUCACUUAAAGCACAAUAAAAAUUAAAAGAAAAAGAGAGUUUAAGAUCUUGGCUUGAAAAUUUAUUACUAAGCACUCUACUACGCCUCAGAUUUUCUUCUCCUCUCCCCCUCCUCCUCCUCCUACCUGCCUGCCUCUUUUCCUAGGCUUGGGUCUAGGUAGCCUGUUGGACUUGCCAUUUAGUAGCUUUAUCAGACAACAUCAUUGGUGCCCUACUAUGUACCAAGGCCCUGUGUUCAGAAUUACUUAUAAAGGUAUAAGACAUAGUCCUACCCUUCAAAAGUGUACUGUCAUCGAGAGAUACAUGACAAAAUAAAAUGCCCAAGGCUUGGUGCCAAAUGAGUUGUACAAACAACUGAUAUUGAAGAAGUUCAGAAAAAAGACUUCCAUGAUAGAGAAAAGCUUCCACAGGUGGUAGAAUUUGCACUAGAUCCUAAAAGAGAGAAAUAUAGGGGGAAGCAAUCUAGAUAUCUUCCCGGUGGAGUGAGCCAAAACUCAGAAUUUGAAACAUGGUUGGAUAGGUAGGAAGGAAUGUUGAAUGCCACAUUAAAGAAUUUUUACUUUAUCCUGUAGGCAGUAGGGAGCCACCGAGGACUUUUUAGUAGUAGAGUGACAUACCGAAGGCAGCAUUUUAGGGAGAUUAAUCUUUUGUCAAUAUAUAGGAUAAAAAAAAAAAACAUUGUUGUAGAGUUGAUUGCAACUCAAAGCAACCCUAUCAGACAGAGUAGAACUGCCCCAUAGAGUGUCCAAGGAGCAGCUAGUGAAUUCUAACGCCGACCGUUUGGUUAGCAGCUGAGCUCUUAACCACUGUGCCAUCAGGGCUCCGAUAUAUAGGAUAGAGGAGGAAAGAGCCAUAAUGAAAGCAAGAAAACUAGUUAAAAGACUAUAAUAAUUCAGAGGCCGUAUAGCAAGUAGUUAAGAACAUUGACUUUGGAAUCUGGUGGACCUAUAGCUGAAUCCCAGCACACUUACUGGCUGUGUUACUUUGGAUAGAUUAUUUACUAUCCAUGAGCCUCAGAUUUCUCAUCCAUAACAUAGGGAUAACUGGUUUAGAGAAUAGUUAUAUGAACUAAAUGAGAUAAUGUGACUGAAGUGCUUAGCAUAAUGCUUGGCAUAUAGUAACCCAAAACCUAAACCUUUGGCCAUCAAUUCAUUUUGACUCAUAGCGUGUCUAUAGGACAGAGUAGAACUGUCCCAUAGAGUUUCCAAGGCUGUAAUGUUUAUGGAAAAAGACUGCCACAUCUUUCUCCUGCAGAGCAGGUGGUGGGUUUGAACUGCCAAUUUUCCUAUUAGCAGUCAAGUGCUUAACUGCUGGGACACCAGGGCUCCAUCACCUUAUAGUAAAAGCGUAAUAAAUUAUUUUUAGAGUGAUCAGUGCCUAAAACAUUGGAAGGAAGACCCAGCAUGAUUUGGUGAUUGGCUGAAUGUGAGGGGGGAAAAAGAGAGGAAUCUGGAUGCCUCUUACAUUUUCAAGCUUUUUUACUGGUAGUCCUAAGGAGGAACUGAUUUGGAAUAGAAAAAUGCAUUUGGCUUUAUAUGUGUUGAAUUUAAGGUAAUAGCAAAAAGUAUUUACUAGGCUAUUGGAUAUGUGAUUCUGGAAGUUCAGGAAGAAUUAAGCUUUGGAAAUCAACAGCAUAGAUAAUGGAAAGGGCUAAGCACUUCUCAGAAAUGGUUGAAAAGUCUUCAGAUCUGUACCUUGCUAUAAAUCUGCAUUUAAAUAUGGGCCAGGUAUUGUUUUAUUAAACAGUGAAGAAAGAAUGAUCUAAGAAGUAGAACCAUGAGGGUUGGUAUUAUAGAAGCCAAAGGAAGAAGAGGGUUUCAAGUAGGAGCGGAUGGCUAAUAGUGUAGACAAUUCACAUAUUGUAAGUUAAAAUGUUAUAACUGCUUCAGACAGUUCAAGUAUUUUAAGGACAGAGAAAGCGGGUUAUUGAUGACCUAAAGAUAAUAACUUAAGAAUAAUAAUUAAGGGAGAAGGCAGAUUUCUGGUGGCUAAGAAAUGGUUAAGGAAAACAGAGAAAGUUAACAUAGUCCAUUUAAGAAUUUUGGUUGACAGGUAGAAGAAGAAAGGGGAUUUCUGAGGUCUUUUUUUUUUUUUUUGGAUUGACGUGCCAGUGCUUUCUUCCACUUUCUGGUAUGCCUGAGACCCUCCAACUCACCCAGUUACAGGGCAUUCAAAGACUUCUGCCUCUGUGGAGCUGAGCAACACCAUUCAAGCUUCUUUCUCUCCUUUUCUUAAUAGCUUUUUUGAGAUAUAAUUCAUAUACCAUACAGUUCACCCAUUUAAAGUGUACAAUUCAGUUGUUUUUAGUAUAUUCACAGAGUUGUGCUUCUGUCACCACAGUCUAAUUUUCGAAUCUUUUCAUCAUCCUGAAAAGAAAGCCCCCCAUAUCCAUUAAUAGUAACUCCCUAAUCCCCUUCCCUCCAAUCCCUGGCAACCACUAGUCUACUUUCUGUGUCUACAGAUUUGCCUAUUCUGGACAUUUUAUAUAAAUGGAAUUAUACAAUAUGUGCCUUUUAUGUCUGGUUUCUUUAACUUAGCACACUAUUUUCAAGAUCUGUCCAUAUUGUAGCAUAUAUCAGUACUUCAUUUCUUUUUAUUGCCCAAUAAUAUUUCAUUGUAUGGAUAUACCACAUUUUCUUUAUCCAUUCAUCAGCUGAUGGACAUUUGGGUUGUUUCCACUUUUUGGCUAUUAUGAAUAAUGAUGCUGUUGUGCACAUUUGUGUACAAGUUUUCGGUGAACAUAAAGUCUUCAGUUCUCUAGGGUAUACACCUAAAAGUGGAAUUACUGAGUCACAUGGUGACUCUCUGUUUAACAUUUUGAAGAACUGCCAGACUGUUUUCCAAAGCAGCUGCACCAUUUUACAUUUCCAUCAACAAUGUAUGAGAGUCCUAAUUUCUCCUCAUCCUUGUCAACAGUUAUUAUUGGCUGACAUAUUUUUUAUUAUAUUUCUCCUAGUGGGUGUGUAAGGAGCCCUGGUGACAUAGUGGUUAAGCACUUGGCUGCUAACUGAAAGGUUUGAGGUUCAAACCUACCAGCCACUCCAUGGGAGAAAGAUGUAGCAGUCUGCUUCCAUAAAGCUUUACAGCCUUGGAAACCCUAUGGGGCAGUUCUACUCUGUCCUUUGGGGUCACUUUGAGUCAGAAUCAACUUGAUGCCAAUGGAUUUAGUGAGUGCAAAGUGGUGUUUCAUUGUGGUUUUGACUUGCAUUUACCUAAUGACUAAUAUUGUUGAGUACCUUUUCAUGUGCUUGUUGGCCAUUUAAAUGUCUUCUUUGAAGAAAUAUCUAUUCAUAGUCUGCUCAUUUUUUAAUUGGGCUAUAUGUCUUUUUAUUGUUGAGUUGUAAUAGUUUUUUAUAUAUUGUGGAUAGAAUUCCCUUAUCAGAUAUAUGAUUUUCAAAUAUUUUCUUCCAUCCUGUGGGUUGUCUUCACUAUCUUGAUGGUAUCAUUUGAAGCACUAAUGUUUUUAGUAUUGAUAAAUCCAAAUUAUUAACAUUUUAUUUUGUUGCUUAUACUUUCGGUGGCCUGUCUAAGAAGGCUUUGCCUAACCCAAGGUCAUGAAGAGUUACUCCUUUGUUUUCUAAGCUUCUUUUUAAUAAAACUUUUUCUCAUGUGAGCAACAGGGGUCUUCUCUUCCCAGCCUAUUGAGUCAGUUAUUUACACUCAAGGAACAUCUCUUUGUAGUCUGCUUCAGUUCAACAAGACUUUGAUUAAACACCUUCUGUUUCCCAAAGGAGUCCCUGGGUGGUGCAAUGGUUAACCAACUCAGCUGCUACACAGUAGGUUGGAGAUUCAAGUCCACCCAGAGGUGCCUCAGAAGAAAGACCUGGUGAUCUUCUUCUAAAAAAUCAGCCACUGAAAACCCUACAGAGCACACUUCUACUUUGACAUACAUGGAAUUACCAUGAGCCGGAAUCAGCUCGAAGGCAGCACACGAAAUUAGAAGCCAAGCAACACGAAAUUAAAAUGAUACUGUUUUAUAUCCUGGAUAUUGGGGAUAAAAAGAUAGAUUUAGCUUGGACUUUGCAGUCUAGAAGAAACAUUAAGGCAGAUAUGCAAAAAAUAAUAAUAAUAACCAUGUUAAGUGGCAUGAUUUACUUAAUCAAAACUCUCAUGGACUAAUGCUAUUUUCUGAUCAGUAUGCAAUGAAAUGAGAAAAAUAAUGACAGUAUGCUUCCUUUUAUAAACUGAUGAUAGUAGAUGAUGUAAGUGAAUUUUUUUCUUUUAAUGAUGCUACUCAGCAGUAUAAGAGGUUGGAAAUCCUAUGUUGGUCCCCUAGUUUUUGUGGGAUAUCUUGUUCAUAAAAUCUACAACCUAGAAUCACUGGUUCAGAGGGCAAAGAGAUCAUUUCUGGCUCUGGAACAAUCAAGGAAGACUUGGUGCAAGAGUUGAUUUGGACCUUACAGGUUUUGGAUAAUCCUGAAUAUGACCAAGUGCAACAGACAGGAGAAUCUGAAUGAACUAAGGCAGCAAAGUAGAAAUGAGCUGGUGAAACAAGUUUGAAGGAUUGCAUGAUGGAGUCUGGGAGGUGAAGUUGGGUGGUGAGGGAGUAGACAACCAAGAUAAAGGGACUCGAAAGCCAAAAUGAGUAGUUUGAACUUGAUUCUCUGAGUGAUGGGAGGCCUCUAAAAGGAGCAGAAGGAGUCACAUGAUGCAGAUUGAUGGUACUUAAGGAGAUGGAUCUGGUAGUCAUGUAAGGUAAAUUACAGGUGGAGAGAUUAGUUAGGAGGCAGUUGAGGUUUAUAAUGUGUCAGUAUUUGUAUUUUGUUUCUGGCCAGAAAAUAAUUUGAUCUUUCAUCAAAAUCCAUAUAGGCCUUUGACAGUGAUGUUUGGGAAGUAGGUGAUGAUGUGGUCUAUAAUGUAGUAAUCAUUAAGGUUUGUAUGUCAGCUUGGCUGGGCCAUGAUUCUCAGUGGUCUGGCAGUUAUGUAAUGAUGUGGUUUGGCAGUUAUGUAAUGAUGUAGUCAUCUUCCAUGAUGUGAUCUGAUGUGACCAGCCACUCAGUUAUAAGGGGAGUUUCUUUGGGAGUGUGGCCUGCAUCCAAUACAUAUAUGGAGGUUCUGGCAAAGCUCACUUGCUUGCUCUGGAUACUGUAUCUGGCUCAUCAUCAUCUGACCUCCAGUUCUUGGGACUUGAGCCAGCUGCCUGCCAUAGUGCCUACCGAUUUGGGGAUUUGUCAGCCUCCACAGUCUGUGAACCAGCAGCCUGCUGUCUGACCUUCUGAUCCUGGGGUCAUCAGCCCCUGCAGCUACAUGAGUCAGGAGGACCCUCCAGCCUGACACCUGACCCACAGACUUCGGACUUGCCAGCCUCUACAACCAUGUGAACCAUUCCUUGAUAUAAAUAUAUAUCACCAGUGAAAUAUAUAUAUUGCUUAUGUUUUUGCUUUUCUAGAGAACCCAGCCUAAGACAGAUGUGGUAAAGUAGCUAAGCACUAAAAGUAUAAAAGUGACCGCCUUCCGUAGGCAACUGGAAACAUUUCCUAACUACUAGCUCGCCAGGUGCAAUACAUGGCUUAGCCUCACAGAAAUUUCACAGACAAAAGACCUAGAGCUCUCACAAUGAGAAGCUCGAAUUCCAUGUACUUGGUCAUGGAGAAUGAUUUUGCCCUAUCCUACAGCCAUUUAUCCAAUCCCGUUUGUGGUCUGUAUCAGCAACAGAGAGGAAAGUACAGUGAUACCAUUUCUGUUCCUUUCACUCUCCCUGAAAGGACUUAUACUAGUGUUGGUUAGUUUUAUGAACAGCCUUCUUCCCUGCUUCCUGUCCUCAUUGUUCCCUGCUUUGUGGGGUCAAGAGGCCACGGUCCCUCCAACAAGCCAGUGUUGAAUAUAGAGCUUUGAGGUCUUUAGCCACUUCUGCUCUCUCCACAGUUAAACUCAUCUUAGCAUGGCAUCAGUGGGCACAUGGGUCUCACAGGGAAUAGAAGAAACAAUGAAGGGAAAGGGACUACAUCUCUUCGAGACCCUGAGAGUUAGCUGCUGUGGUCCUGGCCAGUGUUUUCCACAAGGCUUCUUUCUAGGGGCCUGAAAUCCAAGGGCUGGACUAUGGAGUCCACAUAGUAGUUGACACUGGGAGGAGCCUCAGGCAGUGUUAGUUCUUGGGGGCUAUCUUAAUUAUCUAAUGCUGCUAUAACAGAAAUACCACAAGUGGAUGGCUUUAACAAAGAGAAAUUUUUUCUCUCACAGCCUAGGAGGCUAUAAGUGUGAAUUCAGGGUGCCAGCUCCAUGGGAAGCCUCUCUCUGUCAGCUCUGUGGGAAGGUCCUUGUCAUUAAUCUUUCCCUGAUCUAGAAGAUUCUCAACACAGGAACCCUGGAUCCAAAGGAUGCACUCUGCUCCUUGCACUGCUUUUUUGGUGGUAUGAGGUCCCCCUGUCUCUCUACUCACUGCUUUCAUAUCUCGAAAGAGGUUGAUUUAAGACACAACCUAAUCUUGUAGAUUGAGUCCUGCCUCAUUAACAUAACUGCCUCUAAUCCUGCCUCAUUAACAUGAUAGAGGUAGGAUUUACAACACAGGAAAAUCAUAUCAGAUGGCAAAAUGGUGAACAAUCACACAAUACUGGGAAUCAUGGCCUAGCCAAGUUGACACAUAUUUUUAGGGGCCACAAUUGAAUCUGUGACGGGAGCCAAGCCUAGCUUGAGAUGAUCUCUGUGUUGAAGGGUGACAUCAGGGAGCAGUGGCAUGAAGUGGACAGGGACAGUGCUGUUACUUGCUGUACAAUACAACUGGCUUCUGCUCUGGCUGUGGCUUCUCCACUGUUUACUUACUACUACAGAAUUGGCCUAGAACCUGGGAAGAAUGGUGUGAGGAAGAGGCAGAGGGCUCAGUAGGCUUUCCAGGAUGGCUGAGAUUUUUCUCUAGCCUAGGAGAACCAACUCCCUUUCCUUACCCCUCCUUUCCCUAGGAAGAUAGACUUCCUGGCCUCUCAGACUGGCUAAAGGGACUGUGCCUUUCCACAGUUUCACCUGGACUCCAUUCAGCACUGACCAAUAAUUGAUUUAUGUGAGCGGGCAGGUUCUGCUACAGUUACAGCUAGCAGACCCUCUGAAGAUUCAGACUUCUUGGAUCUGUUAGGACUUGGACCCUGUGUUAGGAACGGGGCUUGCAGCCAGUGUGGUCCUAAGACUCACUGCCACCUUGUAUACAGAAGACUGCCUAUGGCCCAGUCUCUCUUUUUUUCUGAGACAUACCCGCUUCCCUGAGGAGGCACACCCUGGGAAGCCUAGCCCUUAGUUGGGCAUCCACAGGACUAGCUUGGUGUCCUGCAGGUAGAGUGAUGACUGGCCCCUGCAGCCUCCCUUUAGGGCUUCAGGAACCCCCUCCCAGGUUGGCUGCUCCACCCUGAGGCUAGUCUGGAAUCCUAUUGAGAGGAAAAAAAUGGGAAAACAAGGAGUCAUUCAGAGCGGGUGAGUAGAGGAGGGCGAGGUUUCUGGCUAAGAUCUAAAAGGAGGGGCUUAAGAAAGGAAGGAAGCUCUAAGCCUCUGCCCAGACUUUCUUUCUCCCUGAGAUUCUCAAAGAUGAGAGGAGCUAGGCCCAGCGCUACCUGUUUUCCCUCUGCUGCUUUGAGAGUUCCCCAUCUUCCAGCUCUGACUGCCUUCUGUGGCUGACUCCUUUCUCUACCCUCCCCCUUCCCUAGGCUAAAGGGCCCGCAGGGACUGGCAGGGAGGGAGGCUGAGAGUCUGUACUGUGGGCAUGCCGGCUCUUUUCCCUUCCCCCUUCCCUUAGCAGCAACGUCACCGCAGCACAAGCGGCAGUGGCAAGGAUACUGGGGCUGGGAUUGCGCAGCCUCCCUGCAUCAGCAACGAUGCCAUUGUAUUUAGCAGAAAUCAGAUCUUAGGAAAUCAGCCCAGUUGCCCCUGUGUGGUCCUGUGGAACAGUGCCUCAGCUGGAACUGUCAAGGUAGAGCUCGUAGGAGUGCAAAAAGAAACCGAAGCCUCCAGGUACAGCUCAAGGCUCCUUACAGAGGUGCCAAGCUCUCCUGAUGAAAUGUGUUUUACCCCACUGGGCUCCUGGGGCAGUGUCUGGUGCUGUUGAUGCCCUUGUUCGAACUUUCCAGAAUGGAUAGUCCCCCAAAGCUGACUGGAGAGACCCUCAUCGUCCACCACAUUCCCCUGGUGCACUGUCAAGUCCCAGACAGGCAGUGCUGUGUUGGGGCAAGUGGAGGUGGUGGGAGCACAAGACCCAACCCCUUCUGCCCAUCUGAGCUGGGCAUCACCCAGCCUGAUCAAGACUUAGUACAAGCAGACUCCCUACUAUACAACAGUCUGCACUCUGCUCCAGGGGGAUUGGCAAGGUCUACAGAUAGCACCAAGAGUAGGGGUCGGGAUGGACGAGGCUCCGGGGCCCCUAAGAGACGCAAUCCCUUCUUGCUGCAGGAAGGUGUGGGUGAGCCAGGACUUGGUGACCUAUAUGAUGACAGCAUUGGUGACAGUACCACCCAGCAGUCCUUCCACCUUCAUGGAGUUGGCCAGCCCCCCUUCCAUCUGUCAUCUUUUCAGCUACCACCAACUGGCCCUGGAGUGGGCAGGCCAUGGGGGACAACACGCAGUCGAGCUGGAGUGGUGGAGGGGCAGGAACAGGAGCCAGUGACAACCUUGGAUACCCAACACUGCAGCAUUCGCCACUGCUGCAGGCCAGAGCUGGAAGCAGAGACCAUGGAGCUAGAUGAGUGUGGGGGACCUGGUGGCAGUGGGGGUGGAGCCAGUGAUACCUCUGGAUUUUCCUUUGACCAGGAAUGGAAGCUCAGUUCAGAUGAAUCCCCAAGGAACCCUCGAUGCUCAGGGUCAGUACGCCAGCACUGCCGCUGCAGUAGCACAUCUAGUCAGUCUGAGGCGGCUGACCAAUCCAUGGGCUAUGUGAGUGACUCCUCCUGCAACAGCUCAGAUGGUGUGUUGGUCACCUUCAGCACCCUCUACAACAAAAUGCAUGGCAACUCCCGUGCCAAUCUCAACUCUGCCCCACAGACCUACAGCGACUCUUCCUUCUGUAGCCACUCAGACCCUGGCACCUUCUACCUGGACCUACAACCCUCUCCAGCUGAAUCUAAGAUGUCUUGUGAGUCCCACCUCCCUGACAGUGGAGGAAGAGAAGGGGGCUAUGGUUGUCCUCAUGCCUCAUCUCCUGAGCUUGAUGCCAACUGCAACUCCUACCACCCACACUGUGAGCCCUGCCCAGCUAUGGCUGACCUCACAGCCUGCUUUCAGAGCCAGGCCCGUCUUGUUGUAGCCACACAGAAUUACUAUAAACUUGUCACCUGUGACCUGUCCUCCCAGUCAUCCCCAAGCCCAGCUGGCUCUUCCGUCACCAGCUGCUCAGAAGAACCCACAAAGAUAAGUCCCACACCAGGUCCUGGCCCAGAACCAGGCCCCAGCCAGCCCUCUGAGUAUUACCUAUUUCAGAAGCCAGAAAUCCAGCCAGAAGAACAAGAAGCAUUGGGUUCCUCAGCAGAAGCAGUGGCUGCUGUGGGCCCCACUGUGAUGGAGGGACAAGUGUACACUAAUACUUCACCCCCCAACCUUAGCACUGGACGUCAGCGCUCUCGCAGCUAUGAUCGCAGCCUCGAGCGCAGCCCUCCUGUCCGCCUGGGCUCACUGGAACGCAUGUUGAGUUGCCCAGUGCGUCUGAGUGAGGGCCCUGCAGCCCUGGCUGGGCCUAGCUCCCUACCCAAGCGGGUCACCUCCUUUGCUGAGCUGGCCAAGGGCCGGAAGAAAGCUGCAGGCUCUGGGUCUCCCCCACUUCGGGUGAGCGUUGGAGACUCCUCCCAGGAGUUCUCACCCAUCCAAGAAGCCCAACAAGAUAGAGUGGGCCCACCAGAUGAGGGUACUCGCUGUAGCCAUAGCCUACCACCCAUCCCCUUGGGGCCAAGCGUGGACCUAGUUGGCCCAGAGUCCUGGUCCACCCAGGUCUGCCAGGGUCCCCAGUCCAGCGAGAUGCCACCUGCUGGCCUGAGAGCUGCUGGGCAAGACCCUGUAGCUCAGCUGAUGGAUCCAGGGCCGGCUCUUCCAGGGACCCCAACCAACAGCCAUACCCAGAGGGAUGCAAGAGCUAGAGCUGACGGGGGUGGUGCUGAGAGCCGACCAGUCCUUCGCUACAGCAAGGAGCAGAGACCUACCACGCUGCCCAUCCAGCCUUUCGUGUUCCAGCACCACUUCCCCAAGCAACUGGCCAAGGCCCGGGCCCUCCACGGCCUUUCCCAGCUCUACAGCCUCUCGGGCUGCAGCCGUGCACAGCAGCCUGCCCCGCUGGCUGCCUCCACUGCUCAAGUCCCAGCCCCAGCUCCCUCAGGGGAACCCCUGGGAUCUACUUCCCGAACCACUGACAGAGGUGCCAAGAAAGCUGGGCCUGAGCCAGAGACCUCAAGGCCAUCACCCCUGGGCAGCUACUCUCCCAUCCGGAGUGCUGGCCCCUUUGGGCCCAGCACUGACUCUUCUGCCUCCACUUCGUGCUCCCCUCCCCCAGAGCAGGCCACAGCCAUAGAAAGCCCACCCCUAUGGAGCCACUCUUGUCCUCCUGCUGCCCGACCUGCUACCUUCCAGCAGCCACAGAAGGAGGAUCAGAAGAUACUGACCUUGGCUGAGUAUCGACUCCAUGGAACAGGAAGCUUGCCACCUCUGGGCUCCUGGAGAUCUGGCCUUAGCCGAGCAGAGAGCCUGACCCGGGGAGGUAGUGAGGGUAGCAUGGCUUCCAGGCCCAGUAAUGCCAACCACCUGUCCCCUCAAGCACUCAAGUGGCGGGAAUACAGGAGGAAGAACCCACUGGGGCCACCUGGUUUGGCAGGGAGCCUAGACCGAAGGCCGCAGGAGGCCCGGCUAUCCCGAAGAAACCCCAUCUUUGAGUUCCCUGGUUCCCUCAGUGCUGCUAGCCAUCUGAACUGCCGGCUAAAUGGUCAAGUAGUAAAGCCGUUACCACUGACCUGCCCUGACUUCCAAGACGCCUUUUCCUUAACUGAGAAACCUCCAGCUGAGUUUUGUCUAUCCCCAGAUGGUAACUCAGAGGCCAUUUCUAUCGACCUGCUUCAGAAAAAAGGACUGGUAAAAGCUGUUAACACUGCUGUGGACCUCAUUGUUGCCCAUUUUGGGACAAGCCGGGAUCCUGGGGUAAAGGCAAAGCUGGGGAACAGUUCUGUGAGCCCCAAUGUAGGCCACCUGGUUCUGAAGUACUUGUGUCCUGCGGUCCGGGCUGUGCUGGAGGAUGGGCUCAAGGCCUUCGUGCUAGAUGUCAUCAUUGGGCAGCGUAAGAACAUGCCGUGGAGUGUGGUUGAGGCUUCCACACAGCUGGGCCCAUCCACCAAGGUCCUACACGGCCUCUGCAACAAAGUCAGUCAAUUCCCGGAGCUCACCAGUCAUACCAUGCGCUUCAAUGCCUUCAUCCUCGGCCUGCUCAACAUCCGGUCCCUGGAGUUCUGGUUUAAUCACCUCUAUAACCAUGAAGAUAUCAUCCAGACCCACUAUCAGCCAUGGGGUUUCCUGAGUGCAGCUCAUACCGUGUGCCCUGGCCUCUUUGAGGAGCUGCUGCUGCUGCUACAGCCCCUGGCCCUGCUGCCCUUCAACCUCGACUUACUGUUCCAGCACCGGCUGCUGCAAAGUGGGCAGCAGCAGCGGCAGCACAAGGAACUGCUGCGGGUGUCCCAGGACCUGCUGCUGUCUGCCCACUCAACACUACAGUUGGCCCGGGCCCGGGGCCAGGAAGGCCCUGGAGAUUUGGACAGAACAGCCCAUGGGGAGCGAGUAAAGGGUGUGGGUGCCCCAGAAGGUGGAGAAGAGGAGGAGGAGACAGAAGAGGUGGCAGAGGCAGCUCAAGGCUCAGGGCAGGGCAGGUGGGCCCGAGGUGGGCAGGCUGGCUGGUGGUACCAGCUCAUGCAGAGUUCCCAGGUCUAUAUCGAUGGCUCCACCGAAGGUUCUAGGUUCCCUCGUGGUGGCAGCAACAGCAGCAGUGGCGGCAGCAGCAGCAGCAGCAGCAGCAGUGAGAAAAAGAAAGGGGCAGGAGGCGGGGGGCCUCCCCAGGCUCCACCCCCCCGAGAGGGAGUCGUGGAGGGAGCUGAGGCCUGCCCUGCCCCUGAGGAAGCCCUUGGCCGGGACAGGGGCUGGCCUUUCUGGAUGGGAAGCCCCCCUGACUCUGUGCUGGCUGAGUUGAGGCGCAGUCGGGAGAGGGAGGGGCCCACUGCCCCUCCAGCAGAAAAUGAGGAAGGAGCCUCAGAGCCUUCACCUGGGGGCAUCAAGUGGGGACAUCUCUUUGGUUCCCGAAAAGCUCAGCGGGAGGCCCGACCCACAAACAGGCUGCCCUCGGACUGGCUGAGCCUGGACAAGUCCAUGUUCCAACUAGUGGCGCAGACAGUGGGUGCCCGCUGGGAGCCAGAGCCUAAGGAGAGCCUGCAGGAACCACACUCUGUAGCCCUGCCCUCCAAGCCUCCAUGCGAGGUGCAGGCACUGUGCCACCAUCUGGCCACAGGCCCUGGACAGCUGAGCUUCCACAAGGGAGAUAUCCUACGUGUACUGGGGCCAGCCAAAGGAGAUUGGUUGCGCUGCAGCCGUGGCCCCGACACUGGCCUGGUGCCUCUGGCCUAUGUGACCUUGACCCCAACUCCAAGUCCAACCCCUGGAAGCAGCCAAAACUGAGGCCCUGUGCAUGCUGGUGGCCUCAGGGGCCCUCAUAACCCCCAGACUCAGAGCCUGAGAGCCCUUCCCAAGCCCAUCUGGCUGGGCUACAAAGAGUAGACUGAGAGUGAGGGGCCACAUAUCCCUGUGCUGGCACCUGCUCGCUGUGCUCAGUAUUAAUGACUCCCUCCUAACUGACCCAGUGACCUCGUCCAGACCUCCACCCAGGAAAGGAGGGAAGGGACACAGCACUGGGCCACCAGGAUUCCCCCAGACCACCUGGGCCAACCCUUCCAUGGGUACAGACAAGCCCCUAUGGAGGGAGGUGGCCUAGAAGGCCCACUUGCAGGGUUCCCUAGGCCUGACAGUGAUAAGGGUGGAGAACAGUAUUGGGGCCAGAUCCCUAAGCCCCCCAGCUGUAAAUAGGCUGUGGCCAGUGCCCUGGUCAUCAGAAGAGGGAGGAGGAGCCCAGGCUUCUGUUUAUCUAUUUAUUUAUUUAUUUAUUAUACCUAUUAAUAAAAAAGGUGCUCGGCCUCCAAA